CACUCGAAGCCUCACAUUUUAUUUUUCUCACAGAAAAAUAGAAUACAUGGCUGCCACUCUCUCCGUCCGGCCCGACCGUCUAUCAGCCGGUUCACCCUUCCCUAGACCGCCGGUUCGGCGACUCGACGCGGCUCCGCUGGGAAAACCACUCGUAAAGCGAGCCGCGCCGCCGCAGAUACAGUGUAGACGCAGGACGGUGGCACCGGUUCAAGCCGGUUCGCGAGCCGAUGACUCAGCACCGUUCGAGAUGUCGAUGGAAAACGCGCUGAAGCUCUUGGGCGUGUCGGAGGGAGCUUCCUUCGAGGACAUACUCCGCGCCAAAAACUCCAUCCUCGCCAAUUGCAAAGAUGACCAAGAAGCCAUUGCACAGGUUGAGGCUGCAUAUGACAUGCUACUCAUGCAGAGCCUAAUUCAGAGGCGAGCAGGGAAAGUAGCCAACAAUAGUGUUCGCUAUGCUGAUGUCAAACGUGUGAAGUCGCCGGCGGCUAUCGGAUCGAUGCCUCAGUGGUUGAAGAAUUCACCUGUGUCAAUUGAGUCACCUUCCACCAGUGAUUUUGGUUUACAGGCUGGAGUGUAUGGUGCAUUGAUGGGUUUAACCUAUCUUAAUGGGGCUGCUGCACCCUCCGCGUCUUAUGCCGGAGCUGAUGUUCCUGGACUCAUCUUGGCUGGUAGCUUUGGAGCUUCAUUGUAUUUCAUGACCAAAAAGAAUGUUAAGUUAGGGAAGGCCACUGUUAUAACCAUAGGAGGGCUUGUAGUCGGUGCUGUUGUAGGGUCAGCAGUAGAGAACUGGUUGCAGGUAGAUGUUGUCCCAUUCCUGGGCAUACACUCCCCUGCUGCUGUUGUUGGUGAAAUCAUUAUUAUAUCUCAAUUCUUGGUUUCUUUGUACCUAAGGUAGACAAGAAAACAUGGUGAUCUUACAUUAAAAUGUGAAACUUGUAAUUAUUCAUUUGCAUGCAGCAUGAUCAUACCAGGUAGACAGGGAAGGCUACUGUUGUAACCAUAGGACUCAUAACUGGCCUUGUGGUUGGGUCAGCUGUAAAGAAGUGGUUGUAGGUGGAUAUGAUCCCAUUUCUGGGCAUACACUUUCCUGCUCCUGUUGUCAGUGAUAUCAUAAUUCUCUCUUAGUUCUUUGUUUCUCUGUACCUAAGGUAGACAGGAAAGAAUGGCAAUCUUAUAUUAAAAUGUGAGACGUGUAACUAUUCAUUUGCAUGCAGCAUGAUCAUACCCCAGCUUUUUUUAGGAUGUGAAAUCACUGCAUAUUGUACAAUACUUUGAACAGGAUGUAGUUGUUUAUCUGGCAAAUUAGAAGCGUGAAACAUAUUCUGGAAAGAUGCUGAUUUAUGUUCACAGUUGGUGAGCAAUUUGAGUGUAUUGCUAUCUCAAUAAAUAUUGGUUUCCUUAAUAAACCAAAUGAAAAUAACACUUGGGAGAUGUUUCCUUUUUAAUCCUUU